GAAUUUAAGUGGCACGACCGAGAAAGACAGUUUGCUCUGUCGAGCGAAAGAGAAUCAGAUAAACUAUUCCGAAAUGUCAACACUCAGGUAACGCAACCCUUCGACAACAGGCCAACAAUCAACCAUUCAUGAUCGAUUUUGAUCAGUGUGUGUGUGUUGUAAAUUGCGAACAAACAAACGAGAACAAACACAAAGCCAACUCGAUAGAAUCGUGUGUGAAUAGGCAACAAUCAAAUCAAUUUGUUCAGUUCACCAAAGUUGCUAUCAAUAUCAGACAUAUAGAAAGAGAAAAGAGUAUUAAUGCAGUAAAUAAUCAAUUGAGCACCAAACCGAUGACACACCAACCAAAAUGUCUGGGAUGAUAAGGCUUUCGAAAUUUGCUGCCUGGAUAUAGAAAGAUAAGAAAAAUCCACACACAGCACACCAUACCCGAUUAAUAAUAGGAAACGAAGCAGCAAAACAAUAGACAAAUAAAAUAUAGCUAGGCAUUUAGAAAGUAGCGUGCGAGAUUUCGACGCGUUUUUGGAGGGAUAUUCACAUCAGCACAAUUCCAAGGAAUAAACGCAACGUGUAAAUUUACAAAUCAAUCUAGCACACAAUUUCUGCAAUAAAACAUUGUUGUCACUCAAAAUGUACACCUGACAAUUAAAAACACCAUAGAAUAGUGUAAGUACUGUGAUGCCAUCAUCAUCGUUGUAUCGAAAUUCGCUCGUUCCAAAUGGUCAUUAUGGAUGGAUCGUCGUCUCUGGCACCGCACUCAUCAAUGUAUUCAAUCAAAGUUUGGUGUCCGUCUUUGGACUGCUCUAUGGCGAUCAUCUACAGAAUAUGGGCCAGGGAACGGUGGGUGCAGCUCUAGUGAUGAACAUAAAUAGUGUUGCGUUGAAUUUCUCAGGUUUGAUCACUGGGCCAGCGCUGAAAAUCUUUCGACCCAGAGCUGUGGCAGCGAUUGGCAGUUUUUUGUCGGGUUUUGGUUUGAUUUUAAGUUCCAUGUCAAAUCAACUAUGGCAAAUUAUCUUUGCCUAUGGACUUGUAGGUCUUGGAUUGGGAUUCAUAAAUCCAUCAUCGUUCAUUGCAGUCAAUUCGUACUUUAGUACGAAACGAGGCCGUGCCAUUGGGCUCGCUUUAGCGGGCACUGGUUUGGGUCAAAUGAUAAUGCCGAAUGUAGUACGAAUUCUGCUGGACAACUAUGGAUUUCGUGGAGCGGCAUUGAUUAUGGGAGCAUUAGCGUUUCAUGGUUUAGUUGGUGCUGCACUUUUUCAACCCGUUGAAUGGCACAUGAAAAGAAUGAGUGACACGUGCUUCAAUGAAAAGAAAAUGCUAUUGCAACCAUGUCGACAUAGUGCCAACAAGCAUGCCUACCAUGAAGUUAUGGCCACCGAUGCCGAAAUCGACGAUGACGAUGCUAGUGACACCAUCAGCAUCGAUAGCGAAGCCGUCCUUAUCAAAACACCGACGUGGAAACAACGGAUUGCUAAAGCAUUAGACUUAGAUCUACUAUUCGAUCUACAGUUCAUUUCUAUUGCCAUUGGUUUGUCUUUGGCUUAUACCGCUUCAAUCAACUUUUCGAUGCUCUUGCCAUACUUCUUACAGGAGGAGGGUGGUUUAAGCCGGAGUGAUUGUGCCUUGUGCAUGUCGGUGCUAGCAACUUUUGAUUUAGCUUCCCGUUUAACAUUACCAGCAAUAACGGAUCGAUUGAAAUUGUCAUGUCGCGUAAUAUUCUUGAUUGGUGCCAUUUUAUUGACCGUCACUCGAGCGAUUUUAGCCGAAACAACCGAUCGAACUAGUUUGAUUGUAAUGUCAGCCCUUUAUGGUUAUGUUCGGGCAGCGACGGUGGUUAAUCAAAAUUUAACCAUAUCAGAGUAUGCAGCUCAAGAUAAAUUGGCGAGUUCCUUAAGUUUAACCAUGAUCAUGAAGGGCAUUUUUGUGAUGACCAUCGGGCAACUGCUUGGAUGGAUUCGAGAUUACACUGGUAGUUAUUCGAUAUGUUUGCACGCACAGAAUGUGCUGUUGAUUAUUGUAAUUGUGAUUUGGUUGCCGGAGAUACUGUACCGUAAAUACAAGGGAACAAAGCGACGACAACAUCCGGUGGCCAUUUGAAAUGAAAUGCAGCGAACACAUUGAAAUCAUUAGUACCCUCAAUUUUUUUUUUCUCCAUAGAUAGAGGGAUUCGCUUCUUGUGUUUAAACCUUAAUACGCUUAUGAAAAAAAGAAAACAAAUAUAAAUCGUUAUUUAGUCAUUGAUUUACUAUUAAAUCAAUUUGCCUCUGUUCGUCUAUCCUAUUUGUCCAAAACGAUGGCCAAAAAAUAAAUUAGUUAGUAGAAAUUUAUUUUUAUUUUUGAAAUGAACCAAAUGAAAAGCAAUUCUGAAAAAAAAAUUAAGAAUAAGAAAAAAAGAAAACCGAAAUGUAUGCGACGAAAGAAAUUUAUAGCAUGGAAAAUUGUCUAUUUUUGUAAUGUUGAGACUGAAAUACGGCAACACGAUGAGUUAGCAAUUGUAAUGGAGAAAAAGAUGAAAAUAUGUUUUUUAAUAAAAGAAAAAGUCACAAAAUUCCUGUUUAAAAA